AAAAAAGUAUUUUUGUUUUCCUUGUUGAAAAUUGAAAUUAGAUUUCGAUACUAUCCAUCACCGAAACGAGCAAAUUGCGAAAUUCCUGCAAUGGCGGCAUCGACGGUGUUCGCGUUCCUGAUCGCUGUUUCCACUUACUUCGUCUUCCUUCUCUUCUCUUCCCCGUCAAAAUCUCACUUCCACUCGCUCUUUCUCUCCCCUUCCUUCUCUGACAACUCCUCCAUUUCCCUCCACCUCCGUGCCCUCACGUGCCGUCCCCAUGUCGCCGGCUCGCCGGAAAACUCCGCCGUUGCCGCGUAUGUUCUGUCUACUCUCACUUCAUACGCCGUCGAAUCUCACAUCGCCGAGUAUCAUGUCUCCUUGACAUACCCAGUUCAUCGAUCCUUGAUUCUAACGCCCGGAGAAGGAAAUACACCCAUCGAUUUUGCUCUGAAGCAAGAACCCGCCGGAGAAAAUCCUCAUGCGGACGAAGUCAUGCCCACUUUCCAUGCAUACGCGAAAUCAGGUAAUGUCUCUGGUCCCGUGGUUUACGCGAACUACGGGAGAGUAGAGGAUUUCGUUACUCUGAAGGAGAUGGGUGUGAAUGUGUCGGGAGCUGUCGUCUUGGCUCGGUACGGACAGAUUUACAGAGGAGACAUAGUGCAGAACGCAAACGACAAGAAGGAUUACGGCGGGGACGAGUGGUUUCCGGCGGAUAAAUGGAUGCCCCCGAGUGGGGUUCAAGUGGGUACUGUCUACAAUGGCUUGGGUGAUCCGACAACUCCUGGAUGGGCAAGCGUUGACGGGUGUGAGAGAUUUUCGGAAGAUGCAGCGGAGAAGAGCCGCGAUUUUCCGGCGAUACCUUCGCUGCCGAUUUCGGCGGCGGACGGAGAGGCGAUCAUGAAGUCUAUCGGCGGAGAUUUGGCUAAGGAAGAUUGGCGUGGAAGAGACGAUGGUCCUGUUUACAGAAUGGGGCCUGGACCUGCGAUAUUGAACUUGAGCUACAGUGGGAAACAUGUUAUAGCUAUGAUUGAGAACGUCAUUGGAAUGAUUCGAGGAGAAGAAGAGCCUGACAGAUUUGUAAUUGUCGGAAACCAUCAGGACGCAUGGACAUUUGGAGCAGUUGAUCCGAACAGUGGAACUGCAGUUCUUCUAGAGAUUGCUCAAAGACUCGAGAAGUUGCAGAGGAGAGGGUGGAAGCCUCGAAGAACUAUCAUUCUUUGCAUUUGGGAUGCCGAAGAGUAUGGCCUGAUAGGAUCAACAGAGUGGGUAGAAGAAAACCGAGAGUUGCUAUCUUCGAAAGCAGUGGCAUACCUGAAUGCAGACUGUGCAGUAUCUGGUCCUGGAUUCUAUUCCUCUGCUACUCCACAGCUUGAUGAACUUAUCAAAGAUGCGGCUCGUAAGGUCCCGGAUCCAGAUAAUUCGACACGGAGUAUCUACGAAUCGUGGGUAGGAUCAAGCAAGUCCCCCGUGAUUGGAAGAUUAGGAGGAGGGGGAUCCGAUUAUGCGUCAUUCGUGCAACAUGUUGGGGUUCCAGCUUCGGACAUGCAUUUUGGACAAGGCUAUCCGGUCUAUCACUCGAUGUAUGACGACUUCACUUGGAUGGAAAAAUUCGGGGACCCGUCUUUCCAACGGCACGUUGCAGUGGCCAGCGUAUUGGGUCUCGUCGCUCUUCGGUUAGCAGAUGAAGUAAUCUUACCUUUCGAUUACCUUUCCUAUGCAUCCGAACUUCAGAAAAGCGUGGAAGAGUUGCAGAGCGAGACCUCGGGCCAUAACAUUGAUCUUUCCCCGUUAUUGAAGUCGAUCGGGGAUCUGUCUAAAGCUGCAGAAGGGAUAAACAGGGAGAAACAGGCAAUGAUCGAAGGAGACAAAGGCUGGAAAACGAUGUGGUGGAAAGAACCUUUGAAAGAAAGAGAGCUUAAUGACAGGUUAAUGAUGGCAGAGCGAGCAUUGACAGACCCAGAUGGGCUCUCUGAGAGAACCUGGUACAAGCAUUUGAUAUACGGGCCAUCCAAGCACGACGACUAUGGAUCGAAAUCAUUCCCAGGAGUAGACGAUGCUUUAGAGAAUGCAAAGAGACUGAACACGGAAGAAUCGUGGCAAUCUGUCCGACACGAGAUCUGGAGAGUGUCCAGAGCAAUCAGGCAUUCUUCACUUGUCCUAAUGGCUCAACUCACUUCUUGCAGAUGUCUGAUUACUUCUUCCCUUUGAUGACAUGAUCGAACCCUGAGUUCUCUGUUGAAGUUUGCAACUGUUUCUGUAGUUAAUCUGUAGUUAAUCCGAGUUUUAUAUAUUUUUUUUGGUUUGGUUUAUAUUUAUUUGGUGUUUAAUAACAAAUAUUUUAAAUCA